AUGUUUCUCCGGUCUCUCCUCCGGGUCCCAGUCCCCGUCUCCAUCCCCGUCCCCCGUCCCCGGCCUGGCGGCACAAGGGCCGCGCGGCUGUGUGAGGGCCCCGGCCCGGCUGGCUCUGGGAACCCGGGCAGCAAGGCCCCCAGGGCCCCGCGCCACUCGGAUGGGACGUUCACCAGCGAGCUCAGCCGCCUGCGGGAGAGCGCGCGGCUGCAGCGGCUGCUCCAGGGCCUGGUGGGGAAGCGCAGCGAGCAGGACACAGAGAACAGCACGAGCUGGACCAAGCCGUCUGAGGGCCGCUUCUGCCUGCACUGGCCACAUUCGCCCGCCCUGCAGGCCUGGAUGCCCCUGAGGGACCCCCUGGAUGAGGCCUGGUCCCCCCAGCUGCCUCCUGGACCCGGGUCUGGGGCCGCAUUUUCACAGCCAGCCAUGCCCCCUGCUGAGAUGACGCAGAUGCGGCCCUGAGGAAGGAGCCUCCCCUCUGCCUGCAAGGGGAGCGCCUUGGAGCCCAGGCCAGCGAGGGGUGGGGCGGGAGGAGGAGGGGAUGCACCUGUCACCAAUAAAGGAGGAAUUCAGACA